GCUGGUUUCGCUUAGUAGCUGAGCAGGUUUGAAUGGUACUUGUGUGCUGUGCUCUCUGUCAUGCCGCUGGAUGCUGUGGAGGGUGCUCAGGCAAGCCCCGAAGUUGUGACAUGGAUGCCUUGACCUAUGAUGAUGUGCAUGUGAACUUUACUCAAGAAGAAUGGGCUUUGCUGAAUCCUACACAGAGGAAUCUCUACAAAGAUGUGAUGUUGGAGAUCUACAGGAACCUCAAAGCUGUAGGCUACAAUUGGGAAGACCAAAACACUGAAGAACAUUGUCAAAGUUCCAGAAGACAUGGAAGGCAUGAAAGAAGUCAUACUGGAGAAAAACCCUCUGAAAAUAUUCAAUGUGGUAAAGCCUUUGCAAAUCAAAGUCAUGUCCAUGUACAUAAAAGAAUACAUACUGGAGAGAAACCAUAUGAAUGUAAUCAAUGUAGUAAAGCCUUUGCACAAAAGGCUCAUCUCAAAAUACAUAUAAUAACACAUACUGGAGAGAAACCUUACAAAUGUGAUCAAUGUGAUAAAGCCUUUGCAUCUCAUAGUACUCUCCAAGUACAUAAAAGAAUACAUACUGGAGAGAAACCCUAUGAAUGUGAUCAGUGUGGUAAAGCCUUUGCACAUCAUUGUCAUUUCCGAGUACAUAAAAGAAUACAUACUGGAGAGAAACCUUAUAAAUGUGAUCAAUGUGAUAAAGCCUUUGUAAGUUGGAUUGAACUUAAAAGACAUAAAAGAGUUCAUACUGGAGAGAAACCUUACAAAUGUAAUGAAUGUGGUAAAGCCUUUGCACAAUACAGUACUCUCAGAAUGCAUGAAAAAACCCAUACUGGAGAGAAACCCUAUGAAUGUAAGCAAUGUAGUAAAUCCUUUGCCUCUCAUGGUCAUCUUCAAAUGCAUAAAAGAAUACAUACUGGAGAGAAACCUUACAAAUGUAAUGAAUGUGGUAAAGCCUUUGCACAAUACAGUACUCUCAGAAUGCAUGAUAAAACCCAUACUGGAGAGAAACCCUAUGAAUGUAAGCAAUGUAGUAAAUCCUUUGCCUCUCAUGGUCAACUUCAAGCACAUGAAAGAAUUCAUACUGGAGAGAAACCUUACAAAUGUAAUGAAUGUGGUAAAGUCUUUGGACGACACAGUCAUCUCAGAAUUCAUAAAAGAAUACAUACUGGAGAGAAACCUUACAAAUGUGAUCAAUGUGAUAAAGCCUUUGCAUCUCAUAGUACUCUCCAAGUACAUAAAAGAAUACAUACUGGAGAGAAACCCUAUGAAUGUGAUCAGUGUGGUAAAGCCUUUGCACAUCAUUGUCAUUUCCAAGUACAUAAAAGAAUACAUACUGGAGAGAAACCUUAUAAAUGUGAUCAAUGUGGUAAAGCCUUUGUAAGUUGGAUUGAACUUAAAAGACAUAAAAGAGUUCAUACUGGAGAGAAACCUUACAAAUGUUUUUUAUGUGGUAAAGCCUUUGCACAAUACAGUACUCUCAGAAUGUUAAUGUACCAUACUGGAGAGAAACCCUAUGAAUGUAAGCUUAGCAGUAAAUCCUUUGCCUCUCAUGGUCAACUUCAAGCACAUGAAAGAAUUCAUACUGGAGAGAAACCUUACAAAUGUAAUGAAUGUGGUAAAGUCUUUGGACGACACAGUCAUCUCAGAAUUCAUAAAAGAAUACAUACUGGAGAGAAACCUUACAAAUGUGAUCAAUGUGAUAAAGCCUUUGCAUCUCAUAGUACUCUCCAAGUACAUAAAAGAAUACAUACUGGAGAGAAACCCUAUGAAUGUGAUCAGUGUGGUAAAGCCUUUGCACAUCAUUGUCAUUUCCAAGUACAUAAAAGAAUACAUACUGGAGAGAAACCUUAUAAAUGUGAUCAAUGUGGUAAAGCCUUUGUAAGUUGGAUUGAACUUAAAAGACAUAAAAGAGUUCAUACUGGAGAGAAACCUUACAAAUGUAAUGAAUGUGGUAAAGCCUUUGCACAAUACAGUACUCUCAGAAUGCAUGAAAGAAACCCAUACUGGAGAGAAACCCUAUGAAUGUAAGCAAUGUAGUAAAUCCUUUGCCUCUCAUGGUCAACUUCGGAUACAUGAAAGAAUUCAUACUGGAGAGAAACCUUACAAAUGUAAUCAAUGUGGUAAAGCCUUUGCAUCCCAUUAUCAUCUUCAAAUACAUAAAAGAAUACAUACAGGAGAGAAACCUUAUAAAUGUAAUGAAUGUGGUAAAGCCCUUGCAUGCCAUGGUAGUCUUCAAAUGCAUAAAAGAAUACAUACUGGAGAGAAACCCUAUGAAUGUAAGCAAUGUAGUAAAUCCUUUGCCUCUCAUGGUCAACUUCAAGCACAUGAAAGAAUUCAUACUGGAAAGAAGCCUUACAAAUGUAAUCAAUGUGGUAAAACCUUUGCAGAACACAGUACUCUCAAAAGGCAUAAAAUAACCCAUACCGGAGAGAAACCCUAUGAAUGUAAGCAAUGUAGUAAAUCCUUUGCCUCUCAUGGUCAACUUCGAAGACAUGAAAAAAUUCAUACUGGAGAGAAACCUUACAAAUGUAAUGAGUGUGGUAAAGUCUUUGGACGACACAGUCAUCUCAGAAUUCAUAAAAGAAUACAUACUGGAGAGAAACCUUACAAAUGUGAUCAAUGUGGUAAAGCCUUUCCAUAUAGUAAUACUCUCCAAGUACAUAAAAGAACACAUACUGGAGAGAAACCCUAUGAGUGUGGUCAAUGUGGCAAAGCCUUUGCAAAUCAAAGUUAUUUUCAUGUACAUAAAAGAAUACAUACUGGAGAGAAACCCUAUGAAUGUAAGCAAUGUAGUAAAUCCUUUGUUUCUAAUGGUCAACUUCAAAGACAUGAAAGAAUUCAUACUGGAGAGAAACCUUACAAAUGUAAUGAAUGUGGUAAAGCCCUUGCAUGCCAUCGUAGUCUUCAAAUGCAUAAAAGAAUACAUACUGGAGAGAAACCCUAUGAAUGUAAGCAAUGUAGUAAAUCCUUUGUUUCUAAUGGUCAACUCCGAAAACAUGAAAGAACUCAUACUGGAGAGAAACCUUACAAAUGUAAUGAAUGUGGUAAAGCCUUUGCAGAACACAGUACUCUCAAAAGGCAUAAAAUAACCCAUACUGGAGAGAAAUCCUAUGAAUUUUAGCAAUGUAGUAAAUCCUUUGCCUCUCAUGGUCAACUUCGAAAACAUGAAAGAAUUCAUACUGGAGAGAAACCUUACAAAUGAAGACAAUAUAGUAAAGCCUAUUCGCAAUAAAGUCACCUCCAACUACAUAAAAGCAUAUACUAAAGAGUAACUCUGAAUAUAACCAAUGUGACAAAGCCAUUGCAUAUCAUAGUUAUCUCCAAGUACAUAAAAGAACAUAUACUGGAAAGAAUCCCUAUGAAUGUAAUCAAUGUGGCAAGGCCUUUGCAUAUGAAAAUUAUUUCCAAGUACAUAAAAGAAUACAUACUGGAGAGAAACCCUAUGAAUGUAAGCAAUGUAGUAAAUCCUUUGCCUCAUGGGCAACUUCAAAGUCAUCAAAGAAUUCAUAAUGGAAAGAAACCUUACAAAUAUAAUGAAUGUGGUAAAGCCUUUGCACACCAUCAUAAUCUUCGAAUGCAUAAAAGAAUACAUUGGAGAGAAACCUUACAAAUGUAGAAAAUAUGGCAAAGCCUAUUCACAAUCAAGUCACCUCCAACUACAUGAAAGACCACAUACUAAAGAGUAAUCCUAUGAAUAUAACCAAUGUCAUAAAGCCUUUACAGCAAACUUGAAAGGUGUGGUGGUUUGAAAAUACUUGGCCCAUGGAAAGUGGUAGUAUUCACAAGUAUGGCCUUUCAGGAAUAGAUGUGGCAUUUGAGAAAGUAUGUGACGGUGGGGGUGGACUUUGAGAUCCUAUGCUUAAGCUCCACACAGGGCAGAAGAGUCUUCUGAUCAAGAUGUAGAACUCUCAUCUCCUGCAGCACCAUGUCUGCUUGGACACUGCCAUUUUUUUCAGCCUUGAUAUUAGACUGAACCUCUGAAUCUGUACACUACCCCCAAUUAAAUGUCCUUUAUACGA